GGUGCACACUUCCUUCAAACACGUGUUUCACUGGGACAAUAGUGAGUGGUGCACACUUCCUUCGCCCGGCCACAGAAGACAAAAAAGAGUUGCUGGUGUAACAAUAGGAAGAAUAUAUUCCACUCCUCUCUUGUACACGCGGCUUAUGAGAAGGAAAAACAAGGAGAGGAUAUUGUGCGUAAAAGUAAAGCCAACCGACCACAGCUCUGUAGUCCUGGUCACCGUUGACGUGAGGUGGGACUAUUUUGGAGGUGCACGUCAAGGUUGGCUGAUGAACGCUCGUCAAGAAGAACGUCCCCUUCAGCAGCAGGAGGAUCCACAGCCCCCCCACAUUAAAGAGGAAGAGGAGGAAGUGUGGAUCAGUCAGGAGGGAGAGUGUCCUGUAGGGCAGGAGGAGGCUGAUGUCAGCAAGUUUCCACUGACUGUUGUCUCUGUGAAGACUGAAGAGCAUGAAGACAAACCACCUGAGUCCUCACAGCUUCAUCACAGUCCAAACGUCUGUGGAGAACAACGUCUACCUGAAAAAAAGGAGAGUAGCUUCAGGAUGGUGAAGGAGGAUCCUUCAAAGAGGAAGACCAGGCGCCACGGACCCUCUGGCGUCUCCUUUUCCUCUUUGACACAGACCCUUCCCUGUAAAAAGGAAGAGGAAGACUCACUGACGCCCCACAUUAAAGAGGAAGAGGAGGAACACAGCAUCACUCAGGUGGGAGAUCAUCUUGAAGGACUGGAGGAGUUCCCAGUGACUGGUGUCCCUGUGAAGAGUGAAGAUGAUGAGGUGAAAGGUGAAAGUGAGGAGAGGGGAGGGGGGGAGCCUCCAAGCAGCAGCUCAACACAACACAUGACAACAGAAGCUGAUGGAGACCACUGUGGAGGAUCACAAGCAGACAAGCUCUUAGCUCCACUAUCAGAUAGUGAGGACACAACGUCACACUCUCCUGACACUGAUGAUGAAGACUCUAAAGAUGAUAAGACAUGUCACACUGACAACACUCACUUCACAUCUUCUCACUCUCACAAAACAUUUAAAAACCAUAGUCAUCUGAAAAGACACAUGAGAACACACACUGGUGAAAAAGCUUUUAUCUGUUCAGUCUGUGGUAAACGUUUUGUUCGAAGUCAUAAUGUGAAAGUACACAUGAGAACACACACUGGAGAAAAAACGUUUUCUUGUUCAAUCUGUAGUAAAGGUUUUAUACAAAGUCAAUAUUUGAAAGUGCACAUGAGAACGCACACUGGAGAAAAACCUUUUCCCUGUUCAACCUGUGGUAAAGGUUUUACACAAAAUCAAUAUUUGAAAGUACACAUGAGAACACACACUGGCGAAAAACCUUUUUCCUGUUCAAUCUGUAGUAAAGGUUUUGUACAAAGUAACAGUUUGAAAGUACACACUAGAACACACACUGGUGAAAAAUCACAUUCUUGUUCAAUCUGCAACAGAAGCUUUUGUGACCGAUCAAACCUUUUAGCACACAUGAGAAGACACCCAGGAGAGAAAGUGUUGAGUUGCAGUGUGUGUGGUGAAAGAUUGUCUUCUAAGUACCAGUGUAAGAAACACAAGUGUGCUGGUGAGAACAGCAGCAGCAAAUGAAACUGCAGGAUUUGAAAUAAACUGUUAAGACUUUCAUUUUGACUUUCUAACAACUUUAUGAUUCAUUUGUUGGGUCUCUAUAAUCUAUUUUAUUCAUUACCGUUAUUACUCUGUAUUAUAAUGAUUGUGUUGUGAUUGUUUUAUAUGUAUGUCCCCAGACCUUUAUGCAAUAUACAAGUGAGAGAAAAUAGCAGAUUUUUUUUUUGUUUUUGUGAAAGGAUUUUGUUUUUACAAACUUACAUUUGUGGAUACAUCAAAUAAAUCCAGUAUUGUGUUCUAAA